GACGGAAGGCCGUUCCUGCCACUCUGCAGAAACUAUUUAUACCAGUAGGAAGACUUCUUCCACGGGCCACGUCAUCAAAGCCAGAACCUAAAACGACGUCGUGGGAGCUUUACUCGGAUUGCUGCUUAUCCGACGACGUUUAAUUCUGUUCGCGUUCGUGUUAAUUUUAUUCGAUACUGCCGGCCGGAGGGGAAGGAGAAGAGGAAGAAGAAGAAAUUGAGCGAGGCGGGCGAGAGAGGAAAAAAAGAAGGGCGCGAUGGGUUAUGUGCUAAGGGUGAGAUUGGCGUCGUUCUUCGCCGGAGCAGCGACGGCGUCUUUCGUCGGACUUUACAGCCUGUACAAGGAUUACAAGGUUGCUCAUGAAUCCAUAUCUCAGCAGGUAGUGAAAGGCCUAUAUGAGACGCUUGAUGCACGGAUUUCUGCACUCGAAAACUUGAAACAAUCUGAAGUUCCACAACCAGCAGAGGCAACGGAGUAGCUUCUCGGAAUGAAGAGUAACAUUUUAGUAUGAUACGUACUGUGGCUUUCAAAACCAAACACGUGCUACUGAAAUUGCCAUUGGUUUCUCCUGCACAUUCCUUGUAAUCAAUGGAAUAAAUUUUACAUCUUGAACAAAUGACAUGAGUUCGCAUUUUGAUUGAAUGAAUCCUGGCAUUGCAGUUCACCAACAUUUUGAUUGAAUAAAUUACAGCUUGAAC